AACGAUUCCUGGGGAAAGCAGUACUCAUACGCACUCUUCAAAGCCAUGAGCCAUAUGCUCUGCAUUGGUUAUGGAGCCCGUGCCCCUGUCAGCAUGUCCGACCUCUGGAUAACCAUGCUGAGUAUGAUCGUGGGGGCUACCUGUUAUGCCAUGUUUGUUGGUCAUGCCACUGCCCUCAUUCAGUCUCUGGAUUCCUCACGGCGACAAUAUCAAGAAAAGUACAAACAAGUGGAACAGUACAUGUCAUUCCACAAGUUACCUGCUGAAAUGCGCCAGAAGAUCCAUGAUUACUACGAGCACCGCUACCAAGGCAAGAUCUUUGAUGAAGAAAACAUUCUCAAUGAGCUAAAUGAUCCCCUCAGGGAGGAGAUUGUCAACUUCAAUUGUCGGAAGCUGGUUGCCACAAUGCCUCUUUUUGCUAAUGCAGACCCAAAUUUUGUAACUGCUAUGCUAAGCAAACUGCGAUUUGAGGUGUUCCAACCUGGAGAUUAUAUUAUCCGAGAAGGGGCUGUGGGUAAAAAGAUGUAUUUCAUUCAGCAUGGUGUUGCUGGUGUCAUCACCAAGUCCAACAAGGAGCUGAAGCUGACAGAUGGCUCUUACUUCGGGGAGAUUUGCCUUUUGACGAAGGGCCGUCGAACUGCCAGUGUACGAGCAGACACAUACUGUCGCCUGUAUUCCCUCUCAGUCGACAACUUCAACGAGGUUCUGGAAGAGUACCCCAUGAUGAGAAGGGCCUUUGAAACGGUGGCAAUUGAUAGGCUUGACAGGAUAGGGAAGAAGAAUUCAAUCCUCCUGCAGAAGUUCCAGAAGGACCUCAACACUGGGGUUUUCAACAACCAGGAGAAUGAGAUUCUGAAGCAGAUCGUGAAGCACGACAGGGAGAUGGUGCAGACCAUCGCCCCGGUGAGCUUGCAGCAGAUGCCCGCCCUGAACUCCAGCACCUCUGCCUCGUCGUCACGCGUCAGGACGCAGUCCCCUCCUGUGUACACCGCCAGCAGCCUGUCCCAUGGAAACCUGCACUCCCCCUCGCCCAGCACGCAGACACCCCAGCAAGCUGUCAUCCUCUCGCCCUGCUCCUACACCACCGCUGUCUGCAGCCCGCCUGUACAGAGCCCUCUGGCCGGCCGAACUUUCCAGUACGCCUCGCCGACGGCCUCACAGCUCUCCCUCAUGCAGCAGCAGCCGCAGGCGCCCCAGCAGCCCCCCGGGGCCACACAGAAGAAUGAGGUCCACAAGAGCACCCAGGCUCUCCACAACACCAACCUGACCCGGGAGGUGCGGCCCCUUUCUGCCUCGCAGCCUUCCCUGCCCCACGAGAUCUCCACCCUGAUCGCCAGGCCUCACCCCACUGUGGGGGAGUCCCUUGCCUCCCUCCCGCAGCCUGCCCCCAGCCCUGGCGUGCCUCCGGCUGGCCGGGCCACCGUCCCCCAGCGGGUCUCGCUCUUUCGACAGAUGUCCUCGGGAGCCAUCCCCCCAAACCGGGGGUCCGCGCUGCCCCCAGCCCCCCUGCAAAGGGAUUCUUCUACAGUCUUAAGCACAGAGCCCGAGGGAGACAAACCG